GAAUUUAAAACUCAUAAUUCAUACAGCAUUUUACUCAAUUCAGUUGCUGUUGAUUAAUUGCUGUUGGUUGCUUUUGGUAGUUUUUACUUUAUCUUAAAAUCAAGUAUUUACACUGAUAUAAUUUGAUUUAAAAAUGUAACUGCUGUCGCAUCAUUGUUUUACUCAUUGCACUACUCGAUUGCAUGACAUGCCAUUUUAAAUUAUUGACUUAUUUUGGUUUUAUGUAAGUUUUACAAAGCUAAAAUCAGACCAUUCUGUUUGGCGCUCUAAUUUCAAUCAACAAAAACAACUGCUGAUGCUAUUUUGUAGUUCUUGUUCAUGUACUAUUGGCCUAUUUAGUCAUGAAAAUGAUGCUCAGUAGUGCGCAUUGUCUUCAACUAUAGCAAGAUAGCGACAAUGAGCAACAGCCAAUAAAAUUGCAAGAAGAAAACCCGUGAUAAAUGACCAUCAGCGUGUUGUUCAGGAGGUUGUAGCAACGCAGUCCACUAUUGCAUUGCUAUGUGAGUGAGUUCCUGAUGUUGAGCUUGGAAUUGAUGCACCAUAAUGUCAACAAGACACUGUGAGUCUUUAUAUGUCCACACUUUUGAAGGUCUUUCUGGAGUGUUUGACUCAUGCAUUGUACAUUUAACACAUAAGCAAAGCUGCACAAUAACUUGGUAACACCUAAAUCAGUUUCCCAUGAUAACGUUUUUCCCUCUGAUCUUUUUCUUGAGGUGUACAUCACUCUUACAACUGCGACUUGAAACCCUGUGACCCCCGUCAGGAGUCGCUGGAGCGGUCAGGAGGAUGGGGGGGUGUCCUAUGGAGAGCCAAGGAGCGAAAAAAAGCCCGUUGGCACCGAUCAGUGCGGCGCGCACACAUUGAGCACAGAGAGCCGCGGCUCCGUGCGCGACAUGAGCGGAUCCGAGAGGGUGUUUUAACGGCAUGACGGCGGAUCGGAGGAGCUGCAGCUGAAGGAGGAGAGCCGGUAGAGACGCUCCAGCCCCGGAGAACCGAAGAGAGGAGCGGCGGAGAGCGAGAGGCAGAGCGCCGGGGAAUCAUGCGGGGUCCUGCGCUCCGGCUGCUGGGUCUCGUGUGGCACCUCUCCGCGCUUUUACGCACCGCGCAAACGUACAAACUCCACCACAAACAAGAGAGCUUCAUCAGACAGCUGUCAGCGUAUGAGAUCAUCACCCCGGUGCGCUUAAAUGAUUUUGGAGAGUCGUUCCCACACCGGCUGCAUUACCGCAGAAGGAGGCGCAGUGCUGAAGCGGAGGUCUCAGGUUCGAGGGCUCAUUACCGGUUCGAGGCGUUCGGUCAGGCGUUUCACCUGAACCUCACAGCUGAUUCUGGAUUCAUCGCUCCGUCUUACACGGUGCUUCACCUGGGAGAGGAAGAGAAGCGCGGAGACGCCGCAGAUCUGCGCCACUGUUUCUUCAGAGGACAUGUCAACAAUCGCAGGGAACACCACGCCAUCUUUAGCCUCUGCACUGGACUAAUCGGCACGUUCACGACGCACAGCGGUCAGUUCUUCCUGGAGCCGCUGCUGAGCGCUGAUGGAGACGAGUAUGAGGAAGAGCACAACAAACCUCACCUUCUCUACAGACACGAGUCACAUGACUCUCAGCCAUGCAGCACCUCAGAUCAUCCCGAGCACGAUCACAUCAGUCUCCAUAGCAACAGAACUCUGGAAGAGGAAGUGAUGUCGAUACAGGAAACGGUGCACAGGCAUGCGGCUCGUUCCGAAGACGGCUCUCGUUCCCGCCGGAAGCGCUUUCUGUCGUAUCCACGAUUCGUUGAGCUGAUGGUGACAGCCGACGCCAAGAUGGUGCGACAUCACGGACGCAACCUGGAGCACUACAUCCUCACAAUCAUGUCAGUAGUCGCUGCGAUCUACCGAGACCCCAGUGUAGGAAACCUCAUCAACAUCAUGAUCGUCAAACUCAUCGUCAUACACAACGAGCAGGAAGGGCCGAAUAUCAACUUCUAUGCCACUGCGACGCUUCAUAAUUUCUGCAUGUGGCAGCAGAGUCACAACGUUUUGGACGACAGUCACCCGGGUCAUCACGACACGGCGCUGCUCAUCACCAGGGAGGACAUCUGCCGAGCAAAGGACAAGUGUGACACAUUAGGUCUGGCGGAGCUGGGGACGAUGUGCGACCCGUACCGAAGCUGCUCCAUCAGUGAGGAGAACGGCCUGAGCGCCUCCUUCACCAUCGCUCAUGAGCUCGGACACGUGUUCAACAUGCCUCAUGACGACAGUCCGAAGUGCCGCGAGGCAGGAAUCAAGCAUCAGUACCACGUCAUGGCCCCGACCCUCAACUACGACACCAGCCCCUGGUCCUGGUCCAAAUGCAGCCGCAAAUACAUCACAGAUUUCCUCGACACUGGUUAUGGUGAAUGUCUCCUGGACGAGCCUUCGGGGAGGACGUAUAACCUUCCCAACCAGCUUCCAGGUCAACUCUACAAUGGCCACCGGCAGUGUGAACUCAUGUUUGGCCCCGGCUCCCAAGUCUGUCCGUUUAUGAAACAGUGCAAGCGUCUCUGGUGCACCAGUGCGGAAGGCGACCAUAAAGGAUGUCGCACGCAGCACAUGCCGCUCGCUGAUGGGACCGAAUGUGGCUAUGGCAUGCACUGCAGGCAUGGCAUGUGUGUGAAUAAGGAGAUGGACAUGAAGCCGGUCCAUGGUGAAUGGGGCCCCUGGGGGCCCUACAGUGUGUGUUCCAGGACCUGUGGAGGAGGAACACGUAGCACAACCAGAGACUGCAAUAAACCCGAGCCGAGGAACGGAGGCCGGUUUUGCGUGGGCCGGAGGAUGAAGUUUCGCUCGUGUAACACAGAUCCGUGUCCCCGCGGCCGGAGGGACUUCAGGGAAGAGCAGUGUGUGCAGUUCGACGGGAAACACUUCAACAUCAACGGACUGCCGCCCUCCGUCCGCUGGGUACCCAAGUACAGCGGCAUUCUGAUGAAGGAUCGCUGUAAACUCUUCUGUCGUGUUGCGGGGACGAUGGCGUAUUAUCAGCUGAGGGAUCGGGUCGUUGACGGGACCCCGUGUGGACCGGACACGUAUGAUAUCUGUGUACAAGGCCUCUGCAGGCAAGCAGGUUGUGACCAUGUUUUGAACUCGAAGGCCAGAAAUGAUAAGUGUGGGGUCUGUGGAGGAGACAACUCUUCAUGUAAGACCCUCGCUGGAACCUUCAACAACGCACAAUACGGUUAUAAUGUUGUGGUUCGGAUUCCUGCUGGCGCAACCAACAUCGAGAUAAAGCAGGUCAGCUACUCAGGAUUGCCGGAAGAUGAUAACUACCUUGCUCUGUCUGACAGUCAGUCCAACUUCCUCCUGAACGGGAACUUCGUGGUGUCCAUGUUUAAAAGGGAAAUCACCUUUAAGGGAGCAGAGAUCGAGUACAGCGGAUCUAACACCACGGUUGAGCGGAUCAACUGCACUCAGCGGAUCGAGGAGGAACUUGUGCUGCAGGUUCUGUGCGUGGGAAACCUGUAUAAUCCUGACGUCAGAUAUUCCUUCAGUAUUCCCAUCGAGGAGCAGAGAGAGCAGUUUGUGUGGGAUCCGUCGGGCCCCUGGCAGGAGUGCAGCCGCAUGUGUCAAGGUGAGCGGCGGCGGAAGGCCGUGUGUGUUCGUAAGAGUGAUCAUUUGGUGGUUUCGGAGCAGAGGUGUGAGAAUUUACCUCGACCCAGAGGCACGACGGAGCUCUGCAAUACUGACUGUGAACUCAGGUGGCACGUGGCGGGCCGGAGCGACUGCUCCAGUAAAUGCGGUCCGGGUUACCGUACACUGGACGUGCUGUGCAUGCGCUACAGCCAGAACAAGAGGCUGAGCGAGCGCACGGAGGCCAGAGCCUGCGCAGACCUGCCCAAACCGCAGACGCGUGAGGGAUGUCAUGGUGACUGUCUGCUCAAGAGCUGGCAGUACAGCGCCUGGUCUCAGUGCUCGAAGAGCUGCGGACACGGCGUCCGAACACGGCAGGCGUACUGUAUGAACAAUCUGGGUCGCAGGCUGGUGGAGCGAGAGUGUAGCGAGCAGCAGAGAGUCCUGAGCGAAUCCUGCAAUGACGUGCCCUGUCCCGACUGGAGCGGUGGCGAAUGGAGCGAGUGUCUGGUGACGUGCGGGAAGGGUGUCAGACACCGACAGGUGCUUUGCAUUCUGGGAGACGAGAAGCUGAAUGAGCAGCGCUGCGACCCAAACACCAAACCCUCGGCGGUGGGCGGCUGUGAGCUUCCCGAAUGUGCGUCCUGGCAGGUCGGAGCCUGGAGUCCGUGCACGGUGAGCUGCAGUCAGGGCUACCAGAUGCGUGCGGUCAGGUGUGUGUCAGGAGCUUACGGCGAGACGGUGGACGACAGGGAUUGUAACGCAGCCGCCAGACCUCGAGACAGUCAGGACUGUGAGUUGUCAGCUUGUCCUCGCGCAGCGUCAGUGUUUAACACACCCAGACCAGCAGAAGUGGGUCAGAGACACACACAGUGGAGAUACGGCUCAUGGACAAGCUGCUCGGUGUCGUGUGGCGAGGGCCGGCGGGAGCGCUACGUCAGCUGUAGAGAUGCUCAGGGCAGCGUUGCUGAAGAGUCGUCCUGCACUCAUCUUCCUCGUCCGCCAGACUCCUCCGUGUGUUUCAGUCCCUGCGGUCAGUGGAGGGAAGGAGAAUGGACACCAUGCUCGGUGUCGUGUGGCGUGGGUCGCUCCACGCGCCGGGUCGUGUGCAUGAGCUACCAUCAUCAGCUGGACGAGUCGUUCUGUGACCCAGGCGAGCGUCCCAGCGCUGAGCAGGAGUGUGCGGCUGCCCCCUGCCAAUCCUCCUACCACUGGCCCAACAACCAGCCCCACCUGCCCUACGACCCCGGACAGCACAGCUGGAACGUCCCGUCUGCAGACAACCAGUGGAGGACGGGGCCCUGGGGAGCUUGCUCCAGCUCGUGUGAAGGUGGGUUCCAGCGGCGGGUCGUGGUUUGUCAAGACGCAGACGGACGCAGCACCAAUCACUGCGACGAGAGAGUCAAACCCAACGAGUCCAAGAGCUGCGACUCCGGACCCUGUCCACACUGGAACUACGGCAUCUGGGGCCAGUGCUCUCGCUCGUGUGGCGGCGGUCAGCGCACGCGUCUGGUGGUCUGUCAGCGUCCCAGUGGUCAGAGGUUAAACGAGCACAGUUGCGAUGUUCUGGACAAACCAGUCGAUGUGGAGCCGUGUAACGGCCAGCCCUGCGCCGCGGCCGCUUCAUGGCACAGACGAGCGUGGAAGCCGUGCUCGGUGUCCUGCGGGAAAGGAAUCAAAGAGCGGCAGAUCGUCUGCGUCGAUCAGAACCAAACCCAGAUCCAGGAGCAGAGCUGUGCUCAUCUCAUCCCACCCAGAACACAGAAGGCCUGUCGGGCCGGACCCUGCCCCUCCUGGAGAGCCAAUCAGUGGAGAGCGUGUUCGGCGAGCUGCGGCGCUGGCCUUCAGUCCCGUGAGGUCUUCUGCAGGUCAAAGGGCAAAGGUCGCAUCUCUGAUGACCUGUGUGACGCACGAGUGCGUCCUGAUCGCCUCCGCUCCUGCUUCCACACCGACUGCCAGACGCACAGCUGGACAACACACGACUGGAAGGACUGUAACGCAAGCUGUGGCCGCGGCGUGAGGUCCAGAUCGGUGUUUUGUGUGGACGGUGGGAUGAAGCCGGCUCCAGAGAGUGUGUGUGACGCCUCUCUCAAACCCCACACACACGAGCCGUGUCACAGCGCCACCUGCCUGUACGUCUGGAUCACCUCCGCAUGGAGUCAGUGCUCGGUGAGCUGUGGCUCUGGACUCCAGCGGAGGGCGCUGCACUGCUCUGCCAUGACCUCUGACCUGCAGACGUAUUCACACGCGUCUCCCUCCGACUGCACCGAACGCCCGCCGGCCGACAGCAGACCGUGUGUCCUGUCCGAGUGUCCGUCUGCGGGCCGCUGGAGCGCCGGGCCGUGGAGCCAGUGCUCUCAUACGUGCGGCGCUGGAGUCAUGCACAGGACGGUCCAGUGUCUCAGCGCUCAAAACCUCCCGUCUCAGAGCUGCCCGCUGUCCAGCCGGCCGGAGACACAUGCCACCUGCAGACUGACCGAAUGUGCGCUGCACACGAGCUGCCGAGAGGUUCAGGUGAAGGGAGGCGUUCAGGAAGAUGGAGAGCAUUACAUCAAAGUCCGAUCCAAGAUCCUGCAGAUCUACUGCGCCGAGAUGCAGAGCGGUUUCCCCAAAGAGUACGUGACCCUGCGCAGCGGCCAGACCGACAAUUACUCCGAGGUCUACGGAUACAGGCUCCAGAACCCGUUUGAAUGUCCGUAUAACGGCAGUCGGCGGCAGGACUGCGCCUGCAGGAACGAUUACGCCGCAGCCGGUUACACCGUCUUUCACCGCGUGCGGCUCGAUCUUUCCAGCAUGCGCAUCAUCCCGACUGAUGUGAAGUUCAGUCAGACGUUGUUUGGUCACCCCAUCCCGUUUGCGUCCGCAGGAGACUGUUACAGCGCCGCUAAAUGUCCUCAGGGUCAGUUUAGUAUGAAUCUCAGUGGAACAGGACUGAAGGUCGCAGAAUCCACUAAAUGGGUUUCCCAAGGCAACUACGUCACGGUCAAAGUUCACCGGUCAGAGGACGGUAGCAGAAUCUACGGCCGCUGCGGUGGUUUCUGUGGGAAGUGUCUUCCUCACCCUCAUACAGGCCUUUUUGUCAAAAUCCAAAGGACAUGAACUACUGCACGUAAAACACGUUUUAGAUGAGUUGUUUUUAUUUCACAUGGAGCAAAAGACUCUGACGACAGCAAACUGCUUGAUAUGAAAAUAUAAGUAAUUGAAUUUUUUGUAUAUUUGAAUGUUUAACUUGUGUCUUGCAUCAAAGUCUGGCUUAAAAUGGGUUUGACAAUCUAGAAGAAGGUAGAAAACACUGCAAAGAAGCGCUACUGAAAUCUCUUUAUCCUGACGAUCGUUUUCAACUUUAGGUAAAAGCAUCAACUACAUGAAUAGAUGUCCUUAUGAACUAGUCUAGUUAAUAUAUAUGACAUUUUAAUAAUAUUUAAUAAUGUACUGACAUCUGUUAACGGUGCUAAAAAGAGUUCAUAACAUGAUGUUAGCAAGUGCUUUUGCAUUUUACAUGGUUACUAAUCUGAUUCAAAACAGAAGCAAUCAUUAAAAUAUGUGCUAAAAUAAACCAGCUUAAAGUGGUUUGCUGGGUUAAGCUGGUUUAGGUGACCAACUAUUUGACAAGUGCGACAAAAAAAGACCAGCUAACCUCUAAAACCUGUCCUAAUUCAGCUGAAUCAGGUCACAAAAUUCAAUUAUUUUACAGAUUAAAUUGAAUACGUUACUACUGACCGUCAGUUGAGUUUUUACAAUGCAAAUGCACUACCAUUCAGGAGAUUUUCUAAUGUUUCAGAAAGUCUCUUCUGCUCACCAAGGCUGCAUUCAUUUGAUCAAAAAUGCAGUAAAAAUUGUGAAAUAUUAUUACAAUAUAAAAUAGCUGUUUUCUGUGUGAAUAUAUUAUCUAAUGUAAUUUAUUCCUUUGAUGCAAAGCUGAAUUUUCAGCAUCAUUACUCCAGUCUUCAUAACCCGCUAAAUUCUAAAACCAGUCCUAAUUUAAGUCACUAAAUUAAAUUAUGUGAUAUAAAAUGUAAUUAAAUGGACUAAAUUAAGUAAUUUAAAGACAGAUGAGUUACAAACAUCACGUCAGUUUUAUUAGAAGGGAAGAUUAAAGUAGAUCAAAUUAAAACUGCAUAACCCUACCUCUCAUAAUCAUAACCACUCAUGCGUAUGAUUGUGUUGUACAUUAUUUAUGUUUGACAGUAUUUAUUCUGUAACUAAAUGUACAUAUGUCUCAUCCUUAUGACAAGAAAAUCAUAAUAUUAUUAAAUAUUGAUCUUUUGCCAUUUAUUAGUCAUUAACAAGAGGUUUACAGAGUAACAGUGCUGUUUUUACUACUGAGUGAGCUUUAACCAGUACUAGAGAGAUAUUUUAACUAUGUGUAUAGCUAGUAUAAAUCAUUUUAACUACUCACUUUUCGCUUUCAACCAAAGUCUGCUUAAUUACGCUUAAUGUGUGACAGUAUAGAUAAUAUAACUUGAAGGAUGCGGCGUUUGACGCCUGUUUUAGGUUAACAUACGGUAUAACAGAUCAUCCUCGAGCAGCUAACCAACCCGUGACUAUCAUCGUGUUGAUAGAUGACUGAACUAUAUGAGGUCUGUAUCAGAAAUUAAAGGACUGUAUGAUGCACUAUGUGCCACGAUUUACACCUGUGUAUUAACACGUCAGCUUUGUCAAAUGUGUUUUUAAUAUUCACACUUGAAGUGUGAACAUCAGACGGUUUGCAUGUUUGCGGAGUGAAAAACGAGGCUUGUUUUCCACUUAUUACCCAAAGAUUAUUUUAUAGAGUGUCUUUACUCUUCAGUACAGUAUCCAGUGUUUUAUAAUGAAAUCUUUGGUGCUACAGUAAAAAUGAAAUGUACAUGAGAUUUUAUGGAUGUAAUGGAAUCUACAGCACUGUACUAAUGCUGAUCAUCAUAAUAAAAGGAAAUA